AACCAAUUACUCCGUACGAACUAUUAUCCCUUUUACAUGUGUGUGGUUUCCAUUCUUCACCAUUCAGCCUUAUCAAGUGGCUGGAAGUCUGGAACAACAUCAACCAUUGUCUUCUUCGUCAAUGGCUACUUCCUCACCAGCUGCUCUCUCGUCAUUGUUCUGCCACAACAUUGAAAUCAAAACUUCCCAAAUUUACUUUCCACCUUUUUGUGCCUCAUUAUCAAAUCACAAACACUCGAGUCCCAUUUCAUGCCCUUCAUUGAUUAAACGGCGUUUGGCUUCUAGCAGUUCUCCGGCACCAACUCGCCUCCUUUGCACCUUUUCUUCCUCCUCAAACACCACUAAACUUGAGUUUAUAGAUGGUUCGUCUGAGGUGGAGUUGCGACUUGAUCUUGGCAAUGGAGACAUAAGCUCUAAAGAUAUAUUUGUUGAUUCAAAUGAGAGUUCUUUAACUGUUAGGGUGCAGCAGGCUGGAUUAUUCCGAACUCUAAUGGAUACCAGAGUUCUAUAUGAGAGGAUAAAGCCUGCUGAGACAAUAUGGUAUAUAGAUGAAGAUCAGCUGGUUAUUAGCCUGAAAAAACAAGUUCCUGAAGUAGAAUGGCCUGACAUCGUGGAGUCGUGGAAAUCCCUAACCGCAGGAGUUAAGCAACUUCUGAAAGGAACAUCGGUAUACAUAGUUGGAGAAUCUACAGAGACCAAUCAGAGGAUUGCCCAGGAACUAGCUGAUGGUCUUGGGUAUACUCCACUCAGUACAAUGGAGUUGUUGGAAGCUUAUGCCAAGGAAUCCUUUGAUUCAUGGGCAAGCAGGGAGGGAUCCAAGACCGUUGAAGAGGUAGAGAGUGCCAUAUUUGAAAGCCUUAGUAGUCACACGCGUGCUGUAGUUGCAACGUUAGGAGGAGAGAUGCACGGUGCUGCUCGAAGAGCCCAUCGAUGGAGGCAUCUUUUUGCUGGGUUCACAGUCUGGCUAUCUAAAUCUGAAGCUACAGAUAAAGAUACAGCAAAAGAGGAAGCCAAAAGGCUGAUGGAAAGUGACCUUCAAGGUUACUCUAAUGCAGAGGUAGUUGUUAAGCUUGAAGGUUGGGAUCCCGCGUGCUCCUGGAGAGUUUCUCAAGCUGCACUUAGUGCCCUAAAACAGUUAAUUUUGUCAGAUAAAAACCUCACAGGUAAAAAAAGUUUAUAUGUGAGAUUUGGGUGCCGGGGUGACUGGCCAAAUAUCAAACCCCCAGGUUGUGAUCCAUCAAUAGUUUCUCAAGCUUCUUCUUCUUCUUCCCCUGUGUUGUAGUAUUAUUGUUGCCUUUUUGUUGUCAUAAACGUCAUGUUUUGUAGUUUUGGCUUUUACUAAAGAGAAAAUUGAACAGAUAUGGUCACUCAAUUACUCUAAUUGAUGAUUGUUAGCCUUACAUAGUCUAACAAUGAUGCCAAUCUGGUCUAAUCUAUCUCCAAUUGUAUGCCAUUGUAUUUUUAAAAGAUUGAUAGGUUGUGUC